CUCGGAGCACGGCGCAGCCAUGCCCAAGUCCAAGCGGGACCGCAAAGUGUCCCUGACGCGGACGCCCCGCAAGGGGCUGGAGGCCAAGCAGGCGCUGAUCGCCGAGCUGCGGCGCUGCGUGGACACCUACAAGUACAUCUUCGUCUUCUCGGUGGCCAACAUGAGGAACAACAAGCUGAAGGACGUGCGGAACGCCUGGAAGCACAGCAGGAUCUUCUUCGGGAAGAACAAGGUGAUGAUGGUGGCGCUGGGCCGGGAGCCGAGCAGCGAGUACAAGGAGAACCUGCACAAGGUCAGCAAACACCUGAGAGGGGAGGUCGGGCUCCUCUUCACCAACCGCACCAGGGACGAGGUGGAUGAGUGGUUCUCCAGGUUCCGGGAGCUGGACUUUGCCCGUGCUGGGAACAAGGCGCCCUACGGGGUCAGCCUGGACACGGGGCCCCUGGAGCAGUUCCCCCACUCCAUGGAGCCGCAGCUGCGCCAGCUGGGGCUGCCCACGGCGCUCAAGAAAGGAGUGGUGACGCUGCUUUCGGAUUAUGAAGUGUGCAAGGAAGGGGAUGUUCUCACCCCAGAACAGGCCCGUGUGCUGAAACUCUUUGGCUACGAGAUGGCAGAAUUUAAAGUCACCAUGAAGUUUCUGUGGAAUUCUGAGACAGGAGACUUCCAGAAGCUCGUGGGAGACACAGCAGAGGAGGAGGAGGAAGAGGAGGAUGAUGAUGAUGAUGGCAGCAAUGAGGACUAACAGCUUGGACACCAGACAGUUCUAUUUUAGGGACAAAAAGAGAAGGAUAUUUCCCUUCCUUGGGUGCACCUGCGCUGGGAUGAUCUUUAUAGAAAAUGACCUAACUAUGCUUUUUUUAUAUUUAUAUAAAUAUCUAUGUGAAACCAGA